AGUGUUAGAAAACUGUAUUCCUUUUGCCAUUCAUUUUGGAGAAAUGAAUUUAGGCAGACCGUGAGUAGAGUAAAUCUGGGGAAAUUACAAGGGGGAGGAGUUCACCUUCCUGGCUAUGGCUUUCAGGUCUGUCCAGGACUACUUACUCCAGUAUAAAACUGAGAGCAGAAAUAUGAUCACAUACUAAGAAGUCUAAUCAAUUCUGGUUUCAACACUGAGCCUAUUUAAAAUAGAUAAUGGAAUUGCUGUUCCUUGUUCUGUUCUCUCUGCACAUUCUCAAGACAGAGGUAGUAGUUGGACAACAUUGGUGCUAUCUGUCGCAGAAGAACAAAGAGCCAACCUGUGAAGACCCUCGACGCUGGCAUGCAGUAGAUGCCAACUGCAAAGGAAGCAAACAGUCACCCAUCAAUAUUGUCACCAAAAAUGUCAUUUAUGACAAGAGCCUGACGCCACUGUAUUUUGAAAAUUAUGAUGUGAAAGAGACCUCAAAAUGGACAAUAGAAAACAACGGACAUACAGUUAAGGUAACACUGAGCAUGCACCCUAAAAUUGAAGGCGGAGGUCUGAAGAGAAGAUACAAGGCGGUAGAAUUCCAUCUGCACUGGGGAGUCCAAGAGGAACAGCUCUACUUUCCUGGGUCAGAACACAGCAUAGAUGGUGAAAAACAAGCUAUGGAGCUUCAUAUUGUCCACAUAAGAGAAGAUGCUUUGGAUUUAACAGAUGCAAAGCACUAUGCAGAUGGUAUAGCUGUGCUAGCAUUCUUUAUAAAGAUUGAUGGAGAAAAUAAAAACUAUACAACUCUAAUAAGUGAAUUAGAUAAUAUUCUACAGAAAGACACGUCAUCACAGAUGGAGCCGUUGCCGCUGAAUUCUCUUCUCCCACCGACAUAUGAACUUGAAAAGUACUAUCGGUACGAGGGCUCCCUCACCACUCCUGACUGCCACGAGACGGUCAUCUGGACAGUGUUUGAGAAGCCAAUUCAACUCAGUUUAUGGCAGGUUUCCCAGUUCUCAUCAGUUCACUUCGGAGGGACGAACUCAACGCUCAUGUCUGAAAACUUUCGGCCUGCUCAGUUUCUGAAUGGUCGAUAUGUGUACUGGUCCGGUGCCAGCAGCCUCCUGCCUCCUGCUCAUGUUUUAAUGUUGGCUCUGAUCCUUCUAUACCUCCUGAAUUCUCUCUUCCAAUGAAUAAUUCUCACCUCAUUCAAGGUUCUGGGCUUUUAUUCUGUUUUGGUUUUGUAUCAAGUAUUCCCUCUAACCACUGACUCCUUAAUUAUAUCUGAAUACAGAAUAUUCUCUCCUCCUCCUUCGUACAUUAACCAACAAUUUCUGUUGCUGCUCCUAUAUAAAAUGAAUUCAUGGCCUAAAUUACAAAAAUCCUAAAGAACUGUAAGAUUAAACUACAAAGAUUCUCAUUUUAAAAACACUUAAAGAAAACAUUAGGAUGGAUUAUCAGCAAUCCUGUGGUUUUAACACAACAGUGGAAGGACACUUGAUAAGUUAUACGGAGGACUUUCAGGAGGAAUCUCUUCUUAAGUGCCUGUGAGGGUGUUUUUUUUCUGGAGUAUGUUUACAUUCAACACUGCGAGUCAGGAAGGAACGCCUGGAGGAAUUCUUGUUAUGCCUACAUUGUCCUAUAUGAAGGUAAAAUACAGAGCAUAGAGAUGCUUACAGAAUUGAACAACUUGUGUUUGGAGCACAAGACUUCCAAGAUCCUUCACAGUUUUCAUUUCUAUAACAAAAUGGAACAGUUCAAGAAAUGGCUCUUUCCAGUAUCACUUUUUUAGAAACAUUUAAAUUUCAAUUUGAACAUCUCAGAGAGAAUAUUCCCACUAUUAUUUAAAGCAUAACAUACCUUCAAAAUAUUCAUGUAUGGCUAACAUUCAUAGUUUCAGUCAGAAGAUUUCAAUUUGAAUUGGUUUCUUCAGCUCUUACCCAGUUACAUUCAGGAACACUCAACAUACUGGAGAAUGGGAUUUCCUUGCACUGUUCCAGCUCUCUUUCUGAAGACAGACAGAACUGACUGCUUUCUUCAGCUAGUGCCAUACGCAUUGCAGCUGCUUUGAGCAUUUUAGAUUUUGGCCAUCCCAGGAUAACAUUUCAUUCCAGAGGAUGACUACUUUCUUUAGGGCAAUGUUUGCAAGGAAGUCUCUACGUUACAGCUACACAGUCAUUUUCAGGAUGAUAUGACAGUGUGACUAACUGCAGGUCACCAAAGGAGAAAAGUCAUUUUCAUAUUUAAUAAUUAAUAAUAUGAGCUUAAAAAAAACCAUGGGAAAGCAGAUUUACCUUGUUAUGUUUAGAAGAAUGGUUAGGACUUUAACUGUAUUUUUAAGUAACAGAAAAUCUUUGGAGAAGCAAACAAAAAAGAAAGAUUAAAACUGAACAUACU